CUGAAAAUAUCAAUGAAAAGUAAUGCAAGAUGGUCGGACCACCACCUGGCUACGUUGAGAAGUCAGAUAGAAGCAUUCAAGAUGGUCAUUAAGAACCAAGACAUGCCUGAGAAGGAAGGGGAUCAGAGUAUGCAGGUUAACUCGGAGACUAUUGCGAUGAAGACUAAGCAAGUCCAUGAGCGUGCCAUGGAGUCCUAUAGGAAGAAAUUUGAAGAGUACGACUUAGACUGCACAAGGCUUAUCGAUGAUAAACUGACCAACAAUAAAGAGCUGAUUGUCAAGAUCAGCGAGAACCAUCUCGAAACUGUACCAGAGAAUAUUUCCAAAUUUAACGAAGCUGAGGAAGACCAGAGAAAGAUAUGCGAAUUGAAGGAGCUCCUUGAACUACCAGAUUUGAGUGAAAAGGUUAGAUUUGAAGCUAAAAUGAUGCUCAGAAUGCUUGAACUCAAACCUCUCCAGAAGAAGAUCAGGGACAAAGUCAUCAAAAAGUACAAGGAUGGAAGCUUACCUCCUGAAGUAGGCUAUAGGGACGCUGAAGUUGCCUUCAAAGUUCUAACCCAUGGUGACAAGAUCUACGAAAAUGUGCUUGUAGACCGUCAUUUUUACAAAAGGAGCAAAAUUUACGCGACUCAGAACAAAAAGGAGGGAAAAAUUAUCGAGAGAUUUGAGCAACAAAUGAGGAAUGGUCAGGAAAAUAGGAAGAAAGCUAGACACAGAGAGUUCUUAAAUAAGAUACUUGCACAUGCUAAGAACUUCAGUGAGUUCCACAAGAAGAAAUCUAACAAACAAAAGAAGUUUGCCUUUGAGACCAGGAACAAGCUCAACUGGAUUGAGAAGAAAGAGCAGCAGGCUAAAGAUAAGGAAGAAAAAGAGAGACUCAAGGUUCUUAAAGAGAACAAGUUUGAAGAGUAUCUCGAGCUUAUUAAGAAGGAGAAGAACUCCAGACUUCUACAUAUCUUAGAGCAAACCAACCAGUACUUAGCAAGACUCGGAGCCAAAGUCACUGUACAGAAGAAAGAAAGUGCUGAAAUCAAGGGCAUGAAAGGGGAUUCUGCUGAUUUGGAAGAAGAGAAAAUUCAAACUGAUUCUUAUGAGGAUCUUGAGAGAGAUGGAAUUAAAGAUAAGCUUAUUAAAGGAAGUCAGGAAUACUAUUCUGUGACUCAUUCUAUUCAGGAAGAAGUAGUAAAGCAACCCAAGAUGCUUUCUCAUGGAACUUUGAAGACAUACCAGAUGGCUGGACUAAAGUGGCUUGUUUCACUCUACAACAACAAUCUUAACGGCAUCCUUGCAGAUGAGAUGGGACUUGGAAAGACGAUCCAGACAAUCUCUCUGUUUUCUUAUAUUAUGGAGGUAAAGAAGAAUGAAGGUCCUUUCCUUGUUGUUGUUCCCCUGACAACUAUCUCCAAUUGGGAGAUGGAAUUUGAAAACUGGGCUCCUACGAUGAAUAUAAUGAUUUACAAAGGCUCUCCUCGUGUUAGAGCAGAGCUAGGUCAACGACUCAAAAACGAGAAGUUCAAUGUAAUUCUGACAACAUACGAUUACAUUAUGAGAGAUAAAUCAACUUUAUCAAAAAUUGUAUGGCAGUACAUUGUAGUUGAUGAAGGACACAGGAUGAAAAAUUCGAGAUCAAAAUUUGCCCUUACUCUUGGUCAGCAAUACCAAAGUGUUAACAGACUCCUCCUGACAGGUACUCCACUUCAGAAUGAUUUGAGCGAGCUUUGGGCUCUGCUUAACUUCAUUCUCCCUAAGAUUUUUGAGUCUUGUGAAGAAUUCAAGAACUGGUUUGACAAACCUCUAAGCAAGAUGCAUAAUACUGGAAACACUAAGGUCUCAGUGGAUGAGAAGAAAGCUCAGGAUUUGACUGAGGAAGAGCAGCUGUUGCUCAUCAACAGACUUCACCAAGUCCUUAGACCAUUUUUACUCAGAAGAGUCAAGAAAGAAGUAGAGAAAGAACUCCCAGACAAGAUCGAGAUCGUGCUGAAAGUAGAGUUAUCUUCUUGGCAAAAGAUUAAUUAUAGACAAAUUCAAGACCAUGGUUUCCUUGGUCUCGAAGAAAAAGGCAAGAGAGUUGCAUUACAGAAUACUGUUAUGCAGUUAAGGAAGAUCUGUAAUCAUCCAUACCAAUUCUUUGAUUACUCUGAGAAUCAAUAUUUAGGAGCUAAUCUGUAUAGAACUUCUGGAAAGUUUGAACUGAUGGAUAGAAUGCUACCCAAAUUCCUUGCUACAAAUCACAAGGUGCUGAUUUUCUCUCAGUUCACCAAUGUGAUGAAUAUUAUGCAAGAUUACUUCAACUACAGAGGUUUCAGACACCUCAGACUUGAUGGAGGUACAAAAUCUGAAGUAAGAGCUCAGUCAAUGGAGGAAUUUAAUACUCCAGAUACUGAGUACAAGAUCUUCCUGCUCUCCACUCGUGCUGGAGGUCAUGGCCUGAAUCUGCAGACUGCAGAUACAGUCAUUAUUUUCGACUCUGACUGGAACCCUCAGAUGGAUCUGCAAGCUCAGGACAGGGCUCAUAGGAUCGGCCAGCGGAACGAAGUGAGAGUCUUCAGACUUAUCACCAAGACUGCUAUUGAAGAGGGUAUUCUCACUAGAGCCUCUUACAAGAAGUCUCUUGACAAUAAAAUUAUUGAUGCUGGUAUGUUCAACAACAAAGCUAGCGAGCAGGACAGACAAAAGAAGCUAGAAGACCUUAUUAAGGCAGAUGCUGAUGAAGAAUCCGAUGACGAAAAUGAAGUCCCUGAUGAUGAACAACUGAAUGAAAUGAUCAGUAGAUCAGAUGAGGAAUUCGCCCUCUUCCAGGAAAUGGACAAAAAGAGAUAUACAGAGGAAAACAGAGAUUAUAUGAUGGGAGAGAUUAAAGAAAGACAAACAGAAGUCCAUCAUAAGCAUAUUAAUUACAGACUGAUACAGGAAUGGGAGGUGCCUGACUGGGUCAAGCAUGAACCUGAGAUCACAAGGAUCGAAGACCAUGGACUUCUGGGUAAAAGACAGAGAACAAAGGUUAACUACACAGAUGCUCUCACUGAGAGCCAGUUUACUAAGAUUAUUGAUGAGGGAGGGGACCUUCAUGCUGAAAUAAAAAAAGCCCAGAUAAAGAAGAGCAAGAGAGACGGAAGUAGUAGUCAGAAAUCAAAUAAUUCAAAGGACAGCCAAAAAGAUGAUGAAGAGAGACAAGAAAAGAGAGUGAAAACCGGAGAAGAUACAGAGCAGUAA